UUAAUGUGUGUAGUUAAUUAUCAAUGUAGUGGUUCGUCUCUUCUUCUGAUCUUUAGUUUCUCUCUCUAUAUAUACACAAUUAGCGAGGCAGCCGACACCCAAAUUUGAUAUAUCAAAUGGGAAGACCACCUUGUUGUAGCCAAACAAUUGCUGUGAAAAAAGGCCCUUGGACUCCUGAAGAAGAUAUCAUUUUAGUUUCUUAUAUUCAUCAACAUGGCCCUGGCAAUUGGAGAUCUGUCCCCAACAACACAGGUUUGCUUAGAUGUAGUAAGAGUUGUAGAUUACGAUGGACGAAUUAUUUACGACCGGGAAUUAAACGUGGGGGUUUCAGUGAUGAUGAAGAGAAUAUGAUUGUUCAUCUUCAAGCUUUAUUAGGUAAUAGAUGGGCAGCCAUUGCUUCUUAUCUUCCUCAGAGAACUGAUAAUGAUAUCAAGAAUUAUUGGAAUACUCAUUUGAAAAAAAAGCUCAAAUUAGGGUUUGAUGAUGAUCAAUCUCCUCAGUCUCCUCCUCCUCAUCAUCAUCAUGAUCUACAAAAGAAUGGUAAUUUCUCAAAGGGUCAAUGGGAAAGAAGACUUCAAACUGAUAUUCAAACUGCUAAACAAGCAUUGAGAGAAGCUCUUUCCCUUACAACAAAAAAAGAUUUCAUUCAAAACAAAUUAUUAUUAUUGUCAUCAUCACCACCCAACAAAAACAACAACAAACAAUUUCAUAUUUCUUCUUCUUCUUCUUCUCCUUCCACUUCUUCUUCUUCUUCUUCUUCAACAUAUGUGUCAAAUGCUGAAAAUAUUGCUGAAUUGCUGAAAAAUUGGACAAAGAAUUCACCAAAGAAAGCCAUGGCAAGAAGUAGAAAUUCAGAAUCAAGCAGCAGCUGCCAGAACAACAACAACAACAACAAUACUAAUUGUAGUAAUUUGUGGGUGGAGGAAGAAAUUAGUUAUUAUUCAAAUAAUAAUAACAACAAUGUACAAGAAGGUGGUGUUCCAUUCAAUUUGCUGGAGAAAUGGUUGUUUGAUGAAGCUGCACCAACACCUCAGUAUCAUCCUCAAUAUCAAAAUGAUCAUUUCCUCAACCUGUCUUUGCAAGAUUCUCAAACACCUUUCAGCUUUAAUUAGUUUCAUAAACUUUCUAUUUGGCUUAUCAUCAUCUUUUACCCCCCCAAAACCCCCAAACAAUUUGUAAAUCUAUAUAUAUGUGUGUGUGUUGUGUUAUAAUUUGUUCUAAUGAGUUAAAUAUCAUUUUGGUACUUACAUUUAAAAUAAUAAAUAUUCUAUUUUAA